AUGUCACACGACAGCUCGGUGGGUCCCUGGAGACCCCACCGGUCCCGGGUUCCGGUGUCGGUGCAGUUCCGAACCCCCGGGCCCAAGUACCGGCUCCCGGGGGGGAUCGGUUCCGAGCAGAGAGACCCCUCCAGCCGCCGAGCCCCCGCCUACAGCUUCGGGAGGAAACUGGGGCGCCCCGAGGAGCCUCGCUCGCCCGGACCCCAAUAUUUGGUGCCCACCGGUUUCACCUCCCGGGGCCGCGACCGAGCCCCCGCCUUCACCAUGGGCCGCCUCCCCCGGGAGCGCAGGGUCAGCAGCACCCCCGGGCUGAGCGCAGGGUCAGCAGCACCCCCGGGCCAGCCCCACUCGCCCCUCGCAGCUCAGUAUCACCCGGAGCUCGCCAACAGGGCCACCCUGCCCUCCAGCCCCGCCUGCGUCUUCAUCCCCCGCGGCCGCCCCGACAAACCCCAGGAGACGCCAGGCCCUGCCAGCUACGAGCUGCCCCCGGUGAUGGGGCCCCGCCUGGUGACCAAGAGAUCGGCCCCCCAAUACUCCAUGGCCGGGCGGCGGCGCAGCCUCUUCGACCCCCGGGAGAGGGGGGAUGUGGGGUAG